CGAGGAACUCUCCAGGUCCUGGACAAAAUAGACAAGGGGGGGAAAGGAGGAAAAUAGAUCGAAGAGCCAAAGCGAUCCUUUGAACCCUCGCCCUCGCCCGUGUUGGGAGCUUGAAGAGACUCUGAUUCCCGGUGAAGUGAUUGCGAUGGAUGAGCAGUUCAUCCUCCGCGUGCCCCCAUCCGUGGCGGAGCGGAUCGAGCGUCUCAUGAACGAAGCCGCCGCCGGCUCAUCCUCCAACCCCGACGACUCCUCCCUCGAUCUCUCCUUCUCAGAGGAUGGAAGAAGUGGUACAUUUAUGAUUGGCAACCAGAGCUUUCCUGCAUCUCUGUUGGAUCUCCCAACAGUUGUUGAGUCAUACAAGACAUAUGAUGAUUCGUUUUUAGUUAAAACUGCUGAUAUUGGUCAGAUGGUAAUGGUAAGAGAAGAAGAUGAUCCUGCCCCCGAAGGAGUUGAAUAUAAGCAUGGACUGACUCCUCCAAUGAGAGAUGCACGCAGGCGACGUUAUCGCAGAGAACCUGACUUGAGCGCAGAGCUUGUUCACCGAGUUGAGAAGGAUCUUAUGAGUAUUAUGCAAGGAGUGUCUGUCAACCAGAAUGCUAGUGUAGUUGGAGGUGGUGGCAAGAAAGCUGCACCAGCUCACGCGCCCAAGCCUGAUGUUCAAGAGCCUGCUGCGAAUGGCGAAGAAGCAGAGCCUGAGAGGAGCGACUCUGACGAGUCAGAUAACUGAAUGAAGUGGACCAGAAGAGAGAGUGUAGCUACUGUCUGAGCAAGUUCAAUGAAUUUAGCAAUUCAAAUCAGGGAAAUGUUUACCAGCGUAUAUGUACCAACCUAAAGCGCAUGUCGUCGUCUUAGAGCUUCUUGAUUACUACCUCAAUAUAAUAGCAAGACCUGCACCUGCGAAAAUGGCUUUUGGCUCCGAGACCUGGCAUUAUGAUGGAAGGGUACUUCACUCCUUGUCUGUCUCGCUGGAGAAUCACCUGAAUGGCCUCCAUCCAUGGUUGCAAAGGGCACGGGACGCCAGGAGCAAACCAUUCAGGAGUGCAGAGACCUCCGUGGUCCUAGUGUCAGUAACAAUCGAUGCAACUAUUUAUAAUAUUCAAAACGAUGAAUCUCUUUAUUUUAUAUCUGUAUUGCACCAGAGGUUUUUAUUCACCGUGCUGUGUGGACUAUGAAAUUUGGAUGGUACUCUCUUCA